UCCAUGUCAGAGUUUCAGAGCUCGUGGGAAUUAUAUCAACAGAGUAUCCCAGAUGAUCUGGAUGUCGAAAUGGAGCCGAUGGCGCCGUGUCCAACCUUUACUGAUACAGCCACCGACUUUGACAGGAACAUUCCCCGGAUCUGCGGUGUUUGUGGAGACAAAGCUACCGGCUUUCAUUUUAACGCUAUGACCUGUGAAGGCUGCAAAGGAUUUUUUAGGAGGAGCAUGAAAAGAAAAGCAAUGUUCACAUGUCCAUUCAAUGGUGACUGUAAAAUUACCAAAGAUAACCGGAGGCACUGCCAAGCUUGCCGGCUGAAGCGUUGCGUUGACAUAGGCAUGAUGAAAGAAUUUAUACUGACCGAUGAAGAGGUUCAGAGGAAAAGAGAGAUGAUAAUGAAGAGGAAGGAGGAGGAAGCCCUUAAGGAAAGCCAAAAGCCCAAAUUGCUGGAGGAACAACAACGAGUCAUUGAAACUCUUCUUGAAGCCCAUCGCAAAACUUACGAUCCUACUUAUUCAGAUUUCUCUCAAUUCCGGCCUCCUGUAAGACAAAAUUCAGACCAAGAACACACAAGUCGGUCUUCUUCUAACAUGACCCCAGGUUUUUCCUUCUCAGAUGACUCUUCAGAUACUUCCAGCUUCUCUUCAGAGCCCAUGAUGCUUUCCAACCUGGAGUUGAACGACGACAGCGCGUCCAUGUCCAUCGACUUCUCCCACCUCACCAUGUUGCCUCACCUUGCUGAUCUUGUCAGCUACAGCAUCCAGAAAGUUAUUGGAUUUGCUAAAAUGAUUCCAGGGUUCAGAAGUCUAACAGCGGAGGACCAGAUUGCUCUCCUGAAAUCCAGUGCCAUUGAAGUGAUAAUGCUCCGUUCCAAUCAAUCAUUUUCCCUGGAGGAUAUGUCCUGGACUUGCGGCAGCAAUGACUUCAAAUACCAAAUCAACGAUGUCACUCAAGCUGGCCACAGCCUAGACUUACUGGAGCCCCUCGUUAAAUUUCAAAUUGGUCUGAAGAAACUGAACCUGCAUGAAGAAGAACACGUGCUCCUCAUGGCCAUCUGCAUCCUUUCUCCUGACCGCCCUGGCGUUCAGGACACAGCUCUGGUGGAGUCCAUCCAGGACCGUCUUUCACAAAUCCUGCAGACCUACAUUCUUUGCCGACACCCUCCUCCAGGCAACCGCUUGCUCUAUCCCAAGAUGAUCCAAAAGCUCACAGACUUGAGGAGCCUGAAUGAGGAGCAUUCCAAGCAAUAUCGCUGCCUCUCCUUCCUGCCCGAACAUAGCAUGCAGCUCACUCCGCUGGUCCUUGAAGUCUUUGGCAAUGAAAUCUCCUGAGUCGCCACUGAGGGGGAAAAAGCACAUGGAAAUCAAGAGUCGGGGGG